CGCGGUGUCUCUUUGUUGGCUUAGCAGCGGCGACGUUUUGUUGUUAUUUUCACUGCAGCUGAAAAACAGGCACGGGAUAAAAAAUUUGGGUUUUUUUCCGUAUGGUUCCGCAACCAACAUUUCUCACACUGUAGACCCUUUUUAGGUGUGAUUGUCACAAGUUGAUAACACCCCCCCCCCUAGGAAUGGACUCAGACGAGGGUUAUAACUAUGAAUACGACGACGAAGAAGAGGAAUGUAGCGAGGACAGCGCCGAAGAGGAGCCCGAGGACGACACCCUGGAGCUCGGGGAGGUGGAGUUGGUCGAUCCCGUGGUGGCCGGUGGGGAGCGAGACGAGUGCGGCGAAACUGGCGGCGGUGGCCACGGCCCCGGCGAGGAAGAGGAGGAGGACUACCGCUUCGAGGUUUUGACCGCCGAGCAGAUCCUCCAGCAUAUGGUGGAGUGUAUCAGGGAGGUCAACGAGGUCAUCCAGAAUCCUGCAACAAUAACGCGUAUCCUUCUCAGUCACUUCAACUGGGAUAAGGAAAAACUAAUGGAAAGGUAUUUUGAUGGCAAUCUUGACAAGCUUUUCUCCGAGUGUCAUGUCAUUAACCCCAGUAAGAAGCCUCGCAUCCGUCCUCCAAUCAACACUAGAUCGUCGGCACAGGACAUGCCAUGUCAGAUCUGCUAUCUGAACUUCCCGAACUCCUAUUUUACAGGCCUGGAGUGUGGACACAAGUUCUGCAUGCAGUGCUGGGGAGAUUACCUGACCACCAAAAUCAUUGAAGAAGGAAUGGGACAGACCAUUUCUUGUCCUGCUCAUAGUUGUGACAUUUUGGUCGAUGACAACACAGUCAUGCGCCUCAUAACAGAUUCAAAAGUAAAGUUGAAGUACCAGCAUUUAAUAACGAAUAGUUUUGUAGAGUGCAAUCGACUGUUAAAGUGGUGCCCGGCACCAGACUGCCAUCAUGUUGUCAAAGUCCAGUAUCCAGAUGCCAAGCCAGUGCGGUGCAAGUGUGGACGUCAGUUCUGCUUCAACUGUGGAGAGAAUUGGCAUGAUCCUGUCAAGUGUAAGUGGCUGAGGAAAUGGAUUAAGAAAUGUGAUGAUGACAGUGAAACUUCAAACUGGAUUGCAGCAAAUACAAAGGAGUGUCCUAAAUGCCAUGUGACCAUUGAAAAAGAUGGAGGCUGCAAUCACAUGGUUUGUCGGAACCAGAACUGCAAAGCCGAGUUCUGCUGGGUCUGCCUGGGUCCAUGGGAACCCCACGGCUCAGCUUGGUACAACUGCAAUCGCUACAAUGAAGAUGAUGCCAAGGCAGCCAGAGAUGCUCAAGAGCAGCGCUCCAGGGCAGCCUUGCAGAGGUACCUAUUCUACUGCAACCGCUACAUGAACCACAUGCAGAGUCUGCGCUUUGAGCACAAGCUCUACGCUCAGGUCAAGCAGAAGAUGGAGGAGAUGCAGCAGCACAACAUGUCCUGGAUCGAGGUGCAGUUUCUGAAGAAGGCUGUGGAUGUGCUGUGCCAGUGUCGCUCCACACUCAUGUUCACUUACGUCUUUGCCUUCUACCUCAAGAAGAACAACCAGUCCAUUAUUUUUGAGAACAACCAGGCAGACCUGGAAAAUGCCACGGAGGUGCUCUCUGGCUACUUAGAGCGGGACAUCUCCCAGGAUUCCUUGCAGGACAUCAAGCAGAAAGUACAAGACAAGUACAGAUACUGUGAGAGCAGGCGAAGAGUGCUGCUACAGCACGUGCAUGAAGGCUAUGAGAAGGACCUGUGGGAGUACAUUGAGGAUUGAGGACACGUCCCAAUGCAAAGGACUCUUGAGUAUCUUGACAAACUAGAGCGCUGAUGCAAUUUAACAGGGCAGCACGGGCCUUCUGCCGCCUCUCUGGCAAACAAACCACUUUUGCAUCAUUUUUUCCUGGAUUUGUUUAACAAAAUCUUCAAAGUAAAUUAUAUUUAAAUAAAAGGUAGAGUAAUAAAAGAGUGUACUACAGUAUUGUUAGCAACAGAGUGGAGUCUCGAGAAAGCAGAAUUCCAUCUUAAACAAAUACAAACCUUUUGGCUUGUAUUGUAACACCUCCCCUGAACCUGACCUGAUAUUAAUUUUUUUCCUUUCUUUUUUUUUUUUGCUUGUGAAUCUUUCCGUUUUGAUUUUGACUUUUGUUUUCCCUUGAGUGUGAACAUGUUUUAUUUUUUUUUUCAACACAGCUUUAAUUGUCCUGGCCAUGUCUGCAAUAUAUGGUGAGAUCCUUGUCUGGUGUGGCAAAAUGUUGAUAGGCUGAUUGCAAAGAGGCAAAGACAUUUCAGGAAGGGAGAAGAAAAAAAAAAAAAUCAAAAGAACAAAAUAGUAAGUCUGUAUUUUUCAAUUUGUAAAUAGUCCAUAUGCAUGGAAGUUAAAGAGCAAGAGUGGCACGUGUUUGCAUAAUUUUUACAUAUUUAUUCUUUACCAUAUUGAAAAAGGUGUACUUUUGCCAAUUAGGUUGGGUCUGUUUACCCCCUCCAUAGUAUGUGGGAGCUUGGAGGUCUUUGGCAAUAAGGCAUUCGACCUGUCGUCCUCAGUCUCGUCAGAGCAGUGCACAAGUUACAUCCCAUCUGUAACUCUACAUGGGGACCGAUAGAAUUUCUCUUAGUUGCCAAAUGAUCAGAUAAAGGAAGACGUGCAAGGACGAUAUAGAAAAGUGAGAGCAGAAUAACUUUUACAGUUCAAAGGUAAGGUAGAAUACUCCAGCCCUGAGUCCCUCUAUUCUAACCCUGUUGCCGUACCCCCUUUGUCGUUUUUAGAGGUGUUUAACAUUUAAGACCUUGUAAUUAUUUGCAAGAGCCAAACUGAGUGACAUUCACUCUUUUUUUUCUUCUUCUUUUCUCUCUUUCCCGAUGUGGCUUGAGGUUGCCCUCUUAAAGCUCAGCUUGCACCUUGUUGGGGAAUGAAGGGGGGUAAUAGAAUGUAAUGCCUGCACUGCUCUGUAGUGCUGCUAAAUGAGCUGGAUCACUGUCAAACAGGUUCAGGCAUUUGCAUCACCCUUGCAGUGGGAACUUUGAAGGGUGUGGGGCUGACAUUUGCCAUGCCUCUGAAGAAAUCUCUUACUUUGCAGUGAGACCGACCAUUGCUUUAAACCAAGCUUCACAGAUAGACUUGCGUGAUCUUUAGGCAGAUGAGGAAUAAAGGGCAAACUUCUUAAGGUUGUAGGACUGUUUUAUAACAUUAUGCUUUUGCAUUAAAGACUGUAUUUUUCGCACAUGGGUUGAGUAUCUGACAUUGAAAUGUCAGUGCCCCUCCAGGUUUGCAUUGUUCUAUGUGGUGGUUGCUCUGGGUGUCAAGUUCUCUGCUUGUAAAUGCUCGUUCAUGUCUCUGCAAUAUGGUGGUCUUCACAAGAUUGACUGAAGGAGACAUGAAUAUAAAGGCACUGAUGCAAGUUAGAAGAUGACACCAAAGUGUCGGCUUUCAUUAAAACACAUCCUUUAACCCAGUUUCAGAUCUUUGGGGUAUUCUCUCCCAAAAUGCUUCUUAUGUGUUCAAACUUAUUAUUUUAUCCUAGCAAAUUAUAAACUGUAUUGUUUAUUUGAAUAAAUGUCAUGAGAAAUCUCUUUUUUGGGAGUUUUGUGUGAGUCAUUAGUGUAGAUUUGGUCUCAGUCAUGUUAAUUACCCCAACAUCUCUGAUGUAUUUGAAAUGUACUGUACUACAGACUGGCAGAGCUGUGUCUUCCGGAAGUGAAUGGAUUUAAUUUGGUACAUUUCAUUGAAUUAUUUGAUUUUCGCCAAAAAAAAAAAAAAAAAAAAAAGGUUUUAUGCACAACGUUUACUCACAGAUUGUAUGAUAAAGAUCGAGUGUUUGUUUGUAUGAUGUCACUUCUGAAUUAAUUUUGUCUCCAAAGUCACAAAGCGAUGAUGACAUAAAUUGAAUGGAUGGUAACAAAACAUGAGCUUUUUUCCCCUCUCCGCUCCCUUGCAGGUAACACACCAGCCAUAGCUGUGUGAUCAUCAAGCUAAUAUGGUCUCCAGGGAUCAAUCUGUUUUCAUCCUGUCUGCUAGUAGUUCAUUUACAUUUUGACAUAACGUUUGAAGUAACCGAAGCAGCUACCAACAUAACAUCGAGACAUCCAAAAACUUUUAAUACUUUUCUACAUAUCUUUUCUUUAUGCUAUCAGAUCUGUUUGAUUUCCUGUUAGUGUAAAAAUGUGGGGAAAAUUAGUUGUCUGUUUUGGAGAAAAUAUUAAAGUAAAAAAUGUUGCAAACAUCA